AUGGGGAACAGAGGGAUGGAGGAUCUGAUUCCUCUGGUAAACCGCAUGCAGGAUGCCUUCUCUGCCAUCGGCCAGAACGCGAACCUGGAUCUGCCGCAGAUCGCGGUUGUCGGCGGCCAGAGCGCCGGGAAGAGCUCGGUUCUGGAGAACUUCGUCGGGAAGGACUUUCUUCCUCGUGGUUCUGGCAUCGUGACCCGUCGUCCCUUGGUUCUGCAGCUGAUGAAUUCACCAACAGAAUAUGCAGAGUUCCUCCACUGCAAGGGCAAAAAAUUCACGGAUUUUGAUGAGGUUCGACAGGAGAUUGAGGCAGAGACUGACCGCAUCACAGGGGCCAAUAAGGGCAUCUCCCCUGUUCCCAUCAACCUGCGUGUCUACUCUCCUCAUGUACUGAACCUGACGCUGGUGGACCUGCCGGGAAUGACCAAGGUGCCGGUGGGAGACCAGCCUGCAGACAUCGAGGCUCAGAUCAGAGAAAUGUUAAUGCAGUUUGUGACCAAGGAGAACUGCCUCAUGCUCGCUGUAUCCCCAGCCAACUCUGAUCUGGCCAACUCUGACGCUUUAAAAAUUGCCAAAGAGGUCGACCCUCAGGGUAUGAGGACCAUAGGGGUGAUCACUAAGCUAGACCUGAUGGAUGAGGGGACAGAUGCUAAAGACAUCCUGGAGAACAAGCUGCUUCCCCUGCGAAGAGGUUACAUCGGUGUGGUUAACAGAAGCCAGAAAGACAUUGAUGGAAAGAAGGACAUUAAUGCUGCUAUGGCUGCUGAGAGGAAGUUCUUCCUCUCCCAUCCUGCUUACAGACACCUGGCCGAGCGCAUGGGCACGCCCUACCUCCAGAAAGUACUGAAUCAGCAACUGACCAACCACAUCAGAGAUACCCUGCCGGGCCUCAGGGCAAAGCUGCAGAGUCAGCUGCUCUCCAUAGAGAAGGAGGUCGAGGAGUACAAGAACUUCAGACCUGAUGACCCCUCCCGCAAAACAAAGGCUCUCCUCCAGAUGGUGCAACAGUUUUCAGUAGACUUUGAGAAAUGCAUAGAGGGCUCAGGAGAUCAGAUCGACACGGCUGAGCUGUCAGGUGGAGCCAGGAUCAAUCGCAUCUUUCAUGAACGCUUUCCCUUCGAAUUGGUCAAGAUGGAGUUUGAUGAGAAAGAACUCCGCAAGGAAAUCAGCUAUGCAAUCAAGAACAUUCAUGGAAUCAGAACUGGCCUCUUCACCCCGGACAUGGCCUUUGAGACCAUUGUGAAAAGGCAGAUUGGGAAGAUUAAAGAGCCUUCCACCAAAUGUGUGGACAUGGUCAUUUCUGAGCUAGUCAAUACAGUUAGGCAGUGUACCAAGAAGCUGGCUCAGUAUCCCAUGCUGAGAGAAGAGAUGGAGAGAAUUGUCACUCAGCACAUCAGAGACAGAGAAAACCGCACCAAGGAUCAGGUGCUGUUGCUGAUUGAUAUUGAAUUGUCCUACAUGAACACCAACCAUGAAGACUUCAUUGGAUUUGCAAAUGCUCAGCAGAGGAUCAACCAAAUGAACAAGAAGAAGACAGCUGGAAAUCAGGAUGAAAUUAUGCCGGAGAGAGGAGUUAGCGAUCGGUUCAAGGUGAUCAGGAAGGGCUGGCUGACAAUCAACAACAUCGGCAUCAUGAAGGGAGGAGCCAAAGAGUACUGGUUCGUCCUCACGGCCGAGUCCCUGUCCUGGUACAAGGAUGAUGAGGAGAAGGAGAAGAAGUACAUGCUUCCAGUGGAUAACCUGAAGCUGCGAGAUGUGGAAAAGGGUUUCAUGUCCAGCAAGCACAUUUUUGCUCUCUUCAACACUGAACAGAGAAAUGUGUAUAAGGACUACCGUCAACUGGAGCUGGCCUGUGAGAGCCAGGAAGAUGUUGAUGCAUGGAAGGCCUCCUUCCUCAGAGCUGGAGUUUAUCCUGAGCGAGUAACCGAGAAGGAAGGAAAGAGUGAUGGAGGUGAUGAAAAUGGCUCGGACAACUUCAUGCACAGCAUGGACCCUCAGUUAGAGCGGCAGGUGGAGACAAUUCGCAACCUGGUGGACUCGUACAUGGCAAUCGUCAACAAAACCGUGCGCGACCUGAUCCCAAAGACAGUGAUGCAUCUCAUGAUUAACAAUACAAAAGACUUCAUAAAUGCUGAGCUCCUGGCUCAGCUUUACUCAUGCGGUGACCAGAACACUCUGAUGGAGGAGUCUCAGGAGCAGGCGCAGCGGCGUGAUGAGAUGCUGAAGAUGUAUCACGCCCUGCGGGAGGCGCUGAGCAUCAUUGGCGAUAUCAGUACGACCACUGUGAGCACCUCUAUGCCACCUCCUGUGGAUGACUCUUGGCUGGCCGUCCAACGGAGCGGUUCUGGAGGAAGAUCCCCAGCAACCAGUCCAACUCCUAACCGCAGGGCUCCACCAGGUCCUCCAGCUCGCCCAGGCUCCCGUGGACCCCCGCCUGGGCCUCCUCCUGCUGGGGGACCCCCUUUACCAUCUCGCCCCGGGGCAUCCCCAGAUCCUCACAGCGGCCCACCGCCCAGUGUGCCCUCUCGACCUAACCGUGCGCCCCCCAGUGUGCCAAGGGGAAUGUGAAGAUGCCUGGAUGAAGGGAAAAAGGAGUCGGAGACCCCCGCCUUCUCCAACACACUAGACCUCAGAGUUCCUUCCUCCCUCCUUCAUCUGUCGUUUCCCACCCUCUGGAUGAGAGUUGCUACGGACAACAGCGCCACCUUUCUGUCGUCUCCUGACCCUCCCGCCUCUCCACUACACCCCCUCUUACCCUGUAACUCUGUUUCCACACAGAGAAGUGAAAUACUUGAAAGCAUGACUUACAUGCAAGUUUGUUCCUCAUAAUUUAACUGUAGACACCAUGAGGUGAACCAUAUUAGACAAUUGAGUCAAUGUAUUGUAUAUCCAAGGGAAUUCAAAGCAUAAUGUUUCCAUCUUCUUAUAUCUAGAGGGGCAAACAUUUGCAAAGUUAGCAUGAAGCUAAGCCUGAUCAUUUUUCCUGAAUUAGCAUUGGUUUACUCAUGUUUUUAAAAGAAAUGCUUCACCUGAAAAAUGUUUUGAACAGGGUAACGUACAGAAAUAAAACAGCAGCAGAAACCUUUUUCACGAUCUAGAAGUACUGGGUAACUUGUUCAACAUAGAUAUAUUAGUGAGCAUGUAGAUGUUCUGAUCUUGUUAAAUCUUCACUUAAUCUCAAGAGAACAAAUUAUUAUCUUUGCAAAAUUCACAACUCGGUGUUUAAAGUAUUUCUUUAGGAAAAGGGGUGCAAAAUUAAUUCAGGCUACAUUGUUUUUGGUUUAAUUCUAUUUUAAGCUUUUACUUUGUACUCAUGCUAGGCAUUACAGCAAGCGAGGAAACAAUCUCAGAGUGUUUUCUAUAUUCUCUUUCACCUUUCCUCCUGGAUUUCUCUCUUUUAAUGUUAAGGGAAGUUUUCUUUGACCUCCAUUUUGCCAAAUAAGCUCUGGUUUCACACUUUAUGACCCAUGAACAGUUGAUGAAACAAGUCUCAUAAAAAGCAUCCAGCCACUGUUCAGCUUUUAAAUUAAGCAUUGGUAGUCUCCAUUAUUCCUUUCUCUUUUUUAAAGCUAAUCCGUCCUUUUCCACCAUCCAAAACUGGAAAAAGGACAGCACCACCUAUUCAACACUUUUCACUCAGAUCAAGAAGAGGAUGACCUCUGGAUUCUUCAGUCUCAAAAAACUGAAUGGAAAAAAGCUUCUUCGUCUUUCCCUUCUAUCGUUUUUUUCUCUCCUCCACUGCUGUAAAACAGAAGCAGAAACAUCUAAUGGACCCUCUGAUUACUUAUUUAGCCAGUUGCAACCUUCAGUCUAAGUGUUGUUCCCAUCAAACAUCAUUACUGCAUCCUCUUAAACUGCUGUGCUUUCAAACAACCUAUGCAAAAAAAAAAAAAAAAAA